AUGGCAGACAAAAGCGACGCGGAACGGGCGCUUGCCCUUGCGCAGGUGAACGGGGUUAACGGCACGGACGGCCUGAAUCACGUUAAGCACGAAUCAGACGGCGAGGCCGACGACGACCUAAACAACAUCGACUGGGGCGCGCAGGCUGACCAGGACGACGACGACAUCAAGAAUCUGUUCGCGGGAGAUGGCAUGCGCAUGCCCGAAGGGUUUGAACAGUUUGGCGACAAGGAGAUCGAUCAAACUGGCAAGGCAGACAAUGCGGAGGAUUUCGAAGACAUCGACCUCAGUGACGACGACUUGGACGAUGACGACGCCGCUGCCCCUCGAGGCGAGAACGAUCCAUUACACGCACCCGGGCUUACGGAAGAUGAGGGGACAAGUCAUGAGGAGAGGCUUGAUGAUCUCUUUGGUGACGACGAUGGCGAGAACGAUCCAUUCCCCUCAUCGCCACCGCGCGAAGCUGCGCCAGCCAUAGUCGAUAAUGACGUCCUCAACAAGCCUGACGUGCUAGCCGACACAGAAGCCCAGCGGCAGCAGGAGGAAGCGGCCGCCCUUCUCAACUUUCCUCAAUACUCUGCGGACGACAAUGCGAUUGGCGACUGGAUUACGCAAACGAACAAUGAAGACCCCUCGAUGCAGGCGCCACCUCAGACGGAGGAAGAGCUGCUCCAACACAAGUUCCCCGAUUUCUCCCAGGGAAAAAUCCUAUAUAUGAACUCGCUGUUCCCACAAUGGCCAGCCGAGUACAUGUACAAAGAACCACCGAACAAGGACCGCGAUCCGCCGGAGUUUGUGCCGACAAAGCUCGAGCUCGAGCUUGACGCAGACACGUCCAAACUGUUUAGGAUAUCCGAUUCAACGUUGGCAGCGAAUCAGCAAAGAGCUCAGAACCAGAACGAUGUGGAAGACUGGGGCCAUCCGCUCCGUGCCCCCGCACUGGAUUUCGACGAUGGGUUGUCAGACGAUUCGGACGGCGAACAGCUUGUUGGGGGCUUCACUUUGGACGAAUUAGCGACUCUCUGCGACGACUGGGAAACCCCCUUGCAUUCCUUCGGUCUCUCCAAGGGCGCAGCCGAAAAGGUCGCCGUGGCCACCGAGGACGAAACCAUGGAGGACGACUGGGAGAGGGAGUACUUGGGUGGCACCGAGACCAAAGUCAAGAAGCCCAAGUACAAACCAGGACUCCCAGAAAUCACGGCCUAUGAUGCAAGUGGCAUAGACGACUUUGUCGACACGGCCAAGGCUGGCGCCAAACGCGUGAGAAUACCGCGCAAUGAUCCCUACCUCUUGAUCGAAGAUGUUCAGCUAGACCGACCCACAAAACGCCAGAAGCUGGAUGACAAGAUGGUCCGAAUGGCCAAUGGCCAACUACGCCGUGACGUCAGGCUUCAUUUCAACAUCUCGAAUGAUGCUGCAUAUGACCAGCUUAAGAUCAACCAUAAGAGCAAGGUCCGAGCUGUGCUGUCCAACAGAGCUGUUGAGCACAGUAUGCCAGCCUUGAAGUUGACAUUCCCCUUUUACCGUACAGGGGCGCCUGCCAAAUUCUGGGAGCAUCAUCGCAAGAAAUUGGAGAUCGAAAAGGUCGUCAAACAUGCCAUUGGCGUUCGGAAGCCUAUGCGGAUCAAGAAGAAAGAUUGGAAGAACAAGAGCGUCGCGGAGUUGUUCAAGACCAGCAAAGAUCUCAGCCUCAACGACAACUCGACUACGAUCCUCUUCGAAUACUCCGAGCAGCACCCGAUCAUGCUCUCCAAUUUUGGCAUGGGUAACCGCAUUAUCAACUACUACCGCGCCAAGGACAGCCAAGACACUGAACGCCCGAAGGCUGAGAUCGGCGAGGGACACAUCCUUAUGCCUGAGGAUCGCUCGCCCUUUUCAAUAUUCGGCACAGUUGACCCCGGCCAGACCAUACCGACGUUGCACAAUGAAAUGUACAGGGCGCCCAUCUUCAAGCAUGAUCCUCGGCCCAAUGAUUUCCUGGUUGGCUAUAGCACCAACGUUGCCGAGGGGCCAAAAUGGUAUGUCCGCAACAUAGAUCACAUCUAUGUAGUCGGUCAAACAUUCCCAUCCAUGGAGGUUCCUGGACCGCACGCGAGGAAGGUCACCAAUACCUCCAAGAACCGGCUGAAGAUGGUGUGCUAUCGUAUGAUGCGGAAACGAGAGACGCUAGACGUGAGCAUCGGAGAGGUCACUCCACAUGUCUUUGACAAGGUUGACCCACAGAACCGACAAAAGCUCAAGGAAUUCCUGACGUACGAUCGUGAUCGGAAGACAUGGUCGUUGCGUGAAGGCGAAACCAUGAUGGACGGUGCUGGCAUCCGAGCAAUGAUCAAGCCUGAGGACGUCUGUGUCAUUGAGUCGAUGCAAGUUGGCAAGAAGCAGCUGGAGGGCGCUGGCUACGAUCUCAAAAAGGAUGACGACGAAGACGAGGGUGAGAAGCCACUCGUCGCGAAGCUCGCUCCCUGGGAGAUUACCAAGAACUUCAUUGAAGCCAGUGCUGGCAAGGCAAUGGUCGCGUUGCAUGGCGAAGGUGACCCUACUGGCCACGGUCUGGGUUUCAGCUUCAUCAAGACCUCGAUGAAGGGUGGCUACAUCAAUGCCGUUCAGGGCCCUCUCGCCACCUCGGCCGACGCUAUCGAGCGUGAACGCAAAGCGAACGGAGGACACUCUUACAAUGUCAAGAAACAGCAAGACAUGUACAACGCUGCUAUUAGGCAAAUCUGGGAGCGACAGAGCGCCACGCUCAGCGACACUACUACACAUGCUGACACUGAUGUCCUCGAUACUGCGAACGAGGAUGACCGUCUAUUUGGUCAACAAAAACAGCCCUCAGCGACUCCUGCGGCAGUGCUGGAUGAUGGCCGCAGCCAGCUUAGUCGCCUGAGUGGUGCAAGCCGGCUUAGCAAACGGAAGCUUAGAAUCGUCCGCAAGAAGAGGAACGACGCGGGCGAGCUUGAGACCGAAUCCAUCAUCAUCGAAGAUGCGGUCGUCAUUCGAAAUUACAUGAAGCAGCGAAGGGAAAAGGAGGAGGCAGACAGAGAUGUAUACAGUCUGUUGCCAACUGGAGACGCGGACGAGAACCGCGAGAAACAAAGGCUCGUCGAGAAAGAACUUUCCCGCCUGCUCAAAAACCAAGACCGACGUCAAAUGCGCGAGCUUCAGGGCAAGGGCAAAGGGAAGAAGAAGAAGGCGGAUGCCAACGGGGAUGCGUCCGCCGACCCGGCCUCGAUCGAGAAGGCUGCCGCGGGCACGACGCGGAAGUGCGCCAACUGCGGGCAGGUCGGACACAUCAAGACGAACAAGAGGUACUGGCACCUUUGCACAAACCCGGUCCACAGCCCUACUCUCGCCGAGCUUGCAACUGCUUCGUCUGCGUCAAUCAAUAUUGGCAGCGGACGGUUGCAUAGCAAGACCGUGCUUUGGAUGUGA